GAGGAAGAAAACGAAAGAGUUCUCAACUCUCUCUCUCUCUCUCUCUCUCUAGAUUAUAGCAUCAUUCUCUCCUCGUGUGUCUCCUAAUCUGAAAACAAAAGAGCAUUUGUAUGUCAUUACUCUCUCUCUCUCUUGAGCUCAGCAUUAUUCAGCUUAGUGCAGUGCUGAUACUCUUUUGGUUGGCAUAUAUCAGUCUGUAGCAUUUUGGAUUAUAAGUGAUCUGAUCGGAGAUGUCGGAUGUUUCCGGUGACGGAGAUGCAACGGCGACGUAUCCAUCACUGACGGUGUCGGCGUCUUACAAGGAGAGCGGGGGAGGAAAAAGCUCGUCGACGCGAAGGCCAAUUAGGCCGAGCUUCGAAGCAGCGGCCGACAAUGAGCUCAUCACUCUGCUUCAUGGCUCGGAUCCAGUGAAGGUUGAGCUUAAUCGACUUGAGAACGAAGUUAGAGAUAAAGGUCGAGAGUUAGGGGAAGCACACGCAGAAAUCAAAGCGUUAAGGUUGUCUGAGAGACAGAGAGAGAAAGCUGUUGAAGAGCUUACAGAGGAGCUUGCCAAGUUAGGAGAGAAGCUCAAGUUGACCGAGUCCAUUCUCCAAAGCAAAAAUCUAGAAAUCAAGAAAAUCAAUGAAGAGAAGAAAGCAUCAAUGGCUGCUCAGUUUGCUGCUGAAGCCACCUUAAGAAGGGUCCAUGCUGCUCAAAAGGAUGAUGACAUGCCUCCCAUUGAAGCUAUUCUGGCUCCAUUAGAAGCUGAACUUAAGCUUGCACGAUCAGAGAUUAGGAAGCUUCAAGAAGAUAACAGCAACAGGGCUUUGGACCGUCUGACUAAAUCAAAAGAAGCUGCCUUACUUGAUGCUGAGAGGACCGUUGAAGGCGCCCUGGCAAAAGCAGCAAUGGUUGAUGAUCUUCAAAACAAGAACCAGGAGUUGAUGAAACAAAUAGAGAUCUGUCAGGAAGAAAACAAAAUAAUAGACAAAAUGCAUAGACAGAAGGUUGCUGAAGUGGAGAAGCUGACUCAGACAGUUCGAGAGCUGGAAGAGGCCGUUCUCGCAGGUGGUGCUACCGCAAAUGCAGUGAGGGAUUACCAAAGGAAAGUCCAAGAGAUGAAUGAAGAGCGGAAAACACUUGACAGGGAGCUUGCACGUGCGAAGGUUACAGCAAACAGAGUUGCCACGGUGGUAGCAAAUGAGUGGAAAGAUGGUAACGAUAAAGUGAUGCCUGUGAAGCAAUGGCUUGAAGAAAGAAGGUUUCUACAGGGAGAAAUGCAGCAACUUCGUGACAAGCUUGCCAUAACAGAUCGAGCUGCUAAAUCAGAAGCACAGUUAAAAGAAAAGUUUCAACAGAGGCUUAAAGUGCUUGAGGAGACACUUAAAGGAACUUCAAGCAGCAGCAGCACCACCACUACCAGAAACUUAUCCGAGACAAGAAGCAUGAGUAACGGACCCUCUCGCAGACAGUCACUUGGUGGAUCUGACAACUUACAAAGACUUCCAUCAAACGGUUCUUUUCCAAAGAAAGCUCCAAGUUUUCAGAUGCGACAUUCCUUGUCGAUUAACUCAACUUCUGUGUUGAAGAACGCUAAAGGAACAUCUAAGUCGUUUGAUGGAGGCACAAGAUCCUUGGACAGGGGCAAAGCACUCUUAAACGGACCUGGGAAUUAUUCUUUCAACAAGGCUUCUUCUGAUGAGUCUAAGGAUUCGGAGGAGAAGCCACAAAGUGAAAACCCUGCAGCAGCAGCAGCAGCAGCAAGUGAGGAUAGUGUCCCGCGUGUUUUGUAUGAUUUGCUGCAGAAAGAAGUAGUUUCUUUGAGGAAAACCUCUCAUGAAAAGGAUCAAAGCCUCAAAGACAAGGAUGAUGCCAUUGAGAUGCUAGCGAGGAAGGUGGAAACAUUAACAAAGGCAAUGGAUGUUGAAGCAAAGAAGAUGAGAAGGGAGGUAGCCGCGAUGGAGAAAGAAGUUGCUGCAAUGCGUGUGGAGAAAGAUCAGGAUAAUAGAGCCAAAAGGUUUCCAAAUAGCAAUAGCUCAUCCAACACCGCUCAGAUUCUUGCUGCAAGAGCUGCUGGACGAAGCAGCUUAACGAAGAGUACCCAGUGAGAUGAGAUUCCGAAAUAACAAGUUUUAAAGAGCUGUGGAUUGGUUUCUCUGGAGAGAGUUUGUGUACCUCUGAUUCCUUAUUUGGUUUUACUCUACUUUCAAUCUUUGUGUGAUUAUUCGUUUAUAUGUUGAGUUUGAUAAUAUAUGAGAUAUGAUUAAUAUAAAUGAUCU